AUGCCAGCACAAUCUAUGGAUGGCGUCCCAGAAGACGACAUCGACCUCGACACCUUACAAGCCAAGAUCGAUUUAUCCAUGUCGCUCACACAUGACCUGGUCACUUCUUGGAUGACGCCUGCAGAUAGAGCUAAAUUACAAUUCAGCUCCUCUGAUACACAAAAACUAAUGGAGGAACAAAUGCGUAGACCGCCAAGACUUGGGGUCGGCGCACCUAUACCUGAAUCGAGCAACUCCCUGCGUGAAACUUCCCGUUUAAAAUAUCAGCUUCAGGGUAAAGGGAAGAAACGCGAAAGGGAGGAAGAUGGACGUACCACGAGCGCACGAGGCCAAUCUGAUGACGAGGAGGAGAGCAAGGUGGGCGUGAUACGGAAAAAAACAAAAGUAGAUCCUUUUGCUGUAGGUGCAGGAAAGAAGAAGAAGAAGAAAAGUCAAGACCAGUCUGUGAAUGGGAUGUCGAUCCAGCAUAGUCUUCGAUCACUUCCAGCUGCCUCCAAGACGAAAGUCGAUGCGGCAAGUGAGCAAAUACACAGCAUACCCUCUGAAUCGUCUACCGUUCCAGGCGAACACACAACGCCACAUACAAAGAAGAAGAAGACAGUAAAAAAUGAGAUGUCCCUGGAUCAAGUGGACUCAGAACUCAAAAUGCAAGCGUCACCUCCUCCCCAUACACCCCAUGCCUUAUCCACACCUCAUAUAUCUCGUCAAACCUUGGGCACUCAGUUGCAUACUCUGACUCCUACGGAGAUUAAACUACCUUCAUCACCGAUGUCGUCGCACAAGAGUUUCGGAAAGCAUAGUGCUAAUGGUGCUGCAGCUACUUCGUCACAAGCAAACUCGAGAUUUUCUGCAACAGAUGAUGCCUCGUCCUCCACGUUGUCUCGACCCUCUCAAUCUCCGUCACUCAACCAGUCAUCACCUUCAGUUCCGCUUCCCCCGCAUCCUCGUGGCUCCCUUCCAGAUCAGCAAGAUUCGAUGACCGGCGAUAACCCGUCAUCAAAAUCGAAAAAGAAACGCAAACGACGCAAGAAGAAGAAAAUGCAACGAGAUGGUCAGGCUCGUAAUGAUUAG